AUGCAAUUGCUUUGCCUGUUCCUGCUGGUGGCCGGUAGUUCCUGCUGGUGGUUUACCAAAGAGGAUGACAAGAAGGAAAGUGUCACGGAGGAAAUUGUUGGGACAGUGAUUGGAAUAGACCUCGGGACGACCUACUCCUGUGUUGGAGUGUUCAAGAACGGCCGUGUUGAGAUCAUCGCCAAUGAUCAGGGAAACCGCAUCACUCCGUCAUACGUGGCCUUCACUACCGAAGGUGAGAGACUCAUCGGAGACGCUGCAAAGAACCAGCUGACCUCUAACCCCGAGAACACCGUCUUUGAUGCCAAGAGGUUGAUCGGCCGCACAUGGGGCGACUCGACCGUGCAGCAGGACAUUAAAUACUUCCCCUUUAAGGUUAUUGAGAAGAAGAACAAGCCUCACAUCCAGCUGGACAUCGGAUCAGGUCAGAUGAAGACUUUCACCCCUGAGGAAAUCUCUGCUAUGGUUCUGACUAAAAUGAAGGAGACUGCAGAGGCUUACCUGGGAGAGAGGGUCAUACAUGCUGUGGUCACUGUGCCCGCUUAUUUCAAUGAUGCCCAGCGGCAGGCCACCAAAGAUGCAGGAACCAUUGCCGGUCUGAACGUCAUGAGGAUCAUCAGUGAGCCAACCGCCGCUGCCAUCGCUUACGGUCUGGACAAGAGUGAGGGUGAGAAGAACAUCCUGGUGUUUGAUCUGGGCGGAGGCACCUUUGACGUUUCCUUGCUGACCAUCGAUAAGGGCCUUUUUGAGGUGGUGGCCACCAAUGGAGACACUCGCCUCGGUGGUGAAGACUUCGAUCGGCGCGUCAUGGAGCACUUCAUCAAGUUAUACCAGGAUAAAACUGGAGAGGACGUGCGCAAGGACAACCGCGCUGUGCAGAAGCUGCGUCGUGAGGUGGAGAAGGCAAAGAGAGCACUGUCCACCCAGCAUCAGGCUCACAUCGAGAUCGAGUCCUUCUUCAAGGGUGAAGACUUCUCAGAGAUGCUGACCCGCGCCAAGUUUGAGGAGCUCAACAUGGACUUGUUCCGCUCCACCAUGAAGCCAGUGCAGAAGGUUCUGGAAGACUCUGACCUGAAGAAGACCGACAUCGAUGAGAUCGUCCUGGUCGGUGGCUCCACUCGUAUUCCCAAGAUCCAGCAGCUGGUGAAGGAGUUCUUCAAUGGCAAGGAGCCGUCCAGAGGAAUCAACCCGGACGAGGCCGUGGCUUACGGAGCUGCUGUCCAGGCUGGAGUCUUUUCUGGAGAAGAAGACAUUGCGGAGCAAAGACUACAAUUGUUUCCAGGUGAGCGGUCGCUGACCAAGGAUAACAACCUCCUGGGCACGUUUGACCUGGACGGCAUCCCUCCAGCUCCCCGCGGUGUCCCCCAAAUUAAGGUCACCUUCGAGAUUGACGUCAACAGCAUUCUGCGUGUCACCGCAGAGGACAAGGGCACAGGUAACAAGAACAAGAACAUGAUCACAAUCACCAACGACCGGAACCGGCUGACGCCCGAGGACAUCGAGCGCAUGGUGAAGGAGGCCGAGCGCUUUGCUGAUGUGGACAAGAAGUUGAAGGAGCGCAUCGACGCCCGCAACGAGCUGGAGAGCUACUCCUACUCCAUGAAGAACCAGAUUAAGAACAAAGAGAAGCUGGGUGGCAAACUGUCAUCCGGAGACAAGGAGGCCAUCAAGAAGGCCAUCGAGGAGAAGAUUGAGUGGCUGGAGUCUCACCAGGAUGCAGAUCUUGAAGACUUCCAGGACAAGAAGAAGGAGCUGGAGGCAAUUGUGCAGUCCAUCAUAAGCAAGCUGUACAGCAGCGCUGGCGGACCACCACCAAAGGAUGAAGAUGGAAAGGUCGAGUUGUAAAUCGUCCAGAUUCUG